AGAGAAUCUUUAUGCCUUUGUUUGAAUUUUGAUAUUUGACGUACGUCAAUUCCAGUAAUAAUAAAUAAAUAACUUGACCGUGCUUGUAAAUUAAGUGAUUCAUAGUUGACGCGAUGUUAAAUAAUACGCGAAAAAAUGCGUUUUGUAAAUGAAACCAAUUAACUUCGAUUAAUUGGAGCAAUGUUCUAAUCGAAGUGCGUAAUUAGAUCGGAAAGGCGUAGUCCCAAAAUAUUUUUCCAAGAGAUGGGCGAUAAAACUAACAAAACGGUGAUUGGGGCGGGGACUGGUAUUCCUUCUAAGCCAGUCCCUAUGAAAUUAUUUGCUACAUGGGAAGUCGAUAGGACUCCUUCCAAUUGCAUUCCAAGAUUAUGUUCCCUUACAUUGUCUCGAUUAGUAGUUUUACGACCACUCGGAGCAGAUUUGGCUUCCAUAUCUAUUGCUGUUAAAAUGCAAUCUAGUAAACGCACAUUACGUUCGAACGAACUGUUAUUACCGCCAAACGGUUUGCUUGACACCGGAUUAGAAUUGACUUUCAGUUUGCAAUAUCCGCAUUUCCUUAAGCGAGAUGGAAAUAAGUUGCACAUUCUAUUGCAACGCAGGAAACGUUACAAAAAUCGCACAAUGCUGGGCUUUAAAACAUUGGCGGAAGGAAUUAUUCGUAUGGAUCAGGUAAUAACAAUUAAUGUACUUUAAUAUGUGUAUUGAUAUAAAGUCGGCAGUGAUUCAUUGCGCAACUUCUCUGAAUCAAUAUUUACUAGUAAGCACACUUAAUAAGUAGUAUUUAUAAAAUUAGUAAGGAAUCUUGGCUUGUUUACUGGGAUUGUUGGCACAUU